GCCGCCACAGUGUGUUUAUAUUAUUAUCAGCCACACGACAGACACAGUCCAACCGACGACCGCAUCGCUCGUGUGUUUCGCGUCAAUGUACAUUCGCCCGCUCGCGAUUUCUUUCCGUAUAAAAAAUUGCUUGUACUAUUUUCAAUUUUGUCGCAGUUUGAAAUUAAAAAAAAAAAUUAAUCGAACAGUGCGCGUACGACACGCGUAUACGUAGUUUUGUCCGGAAAACUCGACUGCAGAUCGAAAUAUAUCGCAUAACCCUCCCACAUAACAUUACAGUGGACCGAGUAUAAAAUAUCAUCACACCGGUCUAAUAAUAUACGCGUUUCGACCAUGGAUUUCGUCGAGUCCCGCGAAUUCGCCUGACGACCGGCGUUUCAUAAAAGUACGGCGAGUUAUUAUACACACAUCGUAAUAACAAACUAGACCGCAGCAGCCGACCAGCUCGCCAAAAAAUUGAAAAAUGAUCAACCAUCGGAUUCCGUUGAAAAUACUACCAACGGUAGUCGUGGCGAUUGUCUUCCUAGCCGAAGGAUUGUGCUUACCAGCCCAUUCGAAAAACAUAAUAUUAGAAGACGAGGUGAGUACUGUCUCGGCUGUCGAAGGUGACCGAUUAAACAUAAAAUGCGAUUAUUCAGAAGCCAAUAAGAUCUCUAAAGUCCAAUGGACCAAAGAGUCAGACGACGAAACUCCGUUCGACUCACCGAGCAUAUUGUCAAACAAAUUGCAAUGGUUGCGUUUCAAGAACGUGAAGCACUCCGAUCACGGACGAUAUUCUUGCUUGAUCAGUGGUUUUACCGAGAACGGAGUGUUUUCCAAAUGGCGUAAUUUCACGUUGAUAACGUACAAAAGGUCGGAAGUUACCGGUAAUGGCAAAACGCUGAAAUUGACAGCGCCUCUGAGCCUUUCACACCGAAAGGAGGGAGCCAAACCGAAAUUUAUCAACAGACUUUUCAUGGAUAACAACGUGGCGUUGUUAGUAGGCGACAUUCUAACGCUGAGUUGUCCCUUCGAGAGUACAUCUGAUGCAGUGUUUUCUUGGUAUAAAAACGAUUCAUUACUCGUCGAGGGUGGUGCAGACGUUAAUAAUUACACUUCGAGUCAAGUAAAAUUGUCAGACGCGGGAAAUUACACUUGCGUGGUGAAGAACGAUUUCGGUUCUAUCCAGCAUAAAUUCAAUGUGGUUGUUUACGAGGACCAAAACAAAUUACCUCUUCUGGUCGAAUAUCCACACAAUUUGACUUUAAAGCCUGGGGACACGGCACGGUUUUCUUGCAAAACUUUUGAUCAAUUUCAUACAAACGUUGACUGGUACUUUUUGAAUGGUACAAAUCCACGGGACAUAGAGACCGAGGAUCUUUUACUAUCUACAAAGAUGGUCAACAGCCACAACGUCAAGUUGUUUAAUGGUGUAUUGAUACUCGAAGGUGUCACUAUUGAUGAUGUUGGAUGGUAUGUCUGUUAUACAAAUGGAUCAAAAACGCGCGUAAUGACUGGUGCUAAAUUGGAUGUGGACAAAAGUUUGGCUAAUGAUGCAAAUGACCAAGACUCUGGAAUCGAAGUAGAAGAUGGGGAAAUCAUCGACAAUACAAGAAAAAUCGGUUUUUUCAAUGCAACAGAAAAUUCUACUGCUCCUAAAUUCACAAAAAUUGAUAGCAUGCAUAGAGUGAUCGCAAAGCCCGCAGGAAAUAUGUUGAAAUUGAAAUGUGUAGCUGAAGGUAAUCCUUUGCCGAACGUAACAUGGUACAAAGACGGAGUCACCCCUCCUCAACGCCAACUGGGUGUAGCCCGUUACACGCAAUGGGCCAUCAUACUGGAAGAUUUGGUAACGACCGACUCCGGUAAUUACACGUGCAAAGUUACCAACGAGAACGGAUGUAUAGAUUUCACUUAUAAGGUCGAAAUAAUAGAAAGAUUUCCGCAUAAGCCCUACAUUAAAGAAGGGCAGCCUCAUAACGUCACCACGCUGGUACACACUAACGUAUCGUUUGAAUGUACUCCGUUGGCCGAUCUCGAACCUUACAUGCGAUGGUUCUAUCAUAACGCCAAUGUCGGGAACGUCAACGAAGAAAAUCUAGAAAACGGCACUGUCAUACAGAACGGAGCUCCCAGCGAAGGGAACCCGGAAUUAUUGCAACUGUCCAACGUGACGCAUUUGGACGAAGGAUGGUAUACAUGCGUGGCCGGUAACAGUCUGGGCAUGAGCUACGCUAGUGCCUAUUUGAAAGUGGUCGAUGAGUUGGAAGAUCCGAUAAAAAUCAAAGCUUUUCAAUUGCAAACGUACCAAUUGGCUGCUCUGGGCAUUAGCUUCGUACUGGUCAUUUUCGUGUGCGUCAUAAUGCUGGUGUGCAGUCAGAGAAAGAGGGAAAAAUUGAAGGAGUUGGUGGCUAGAGAAUCGGCUAGAAACGCAAUGAUCACUCAAUGGACUAAGAAAAUAAUCAUCGAAAAGCAACAGAUGGCCGAUGCCAGCGAACCAUUGUUGAUGCCAGUAGUUAAAAUUGAAAAACAAAAAAGUAAAUACACAAAACUUGACCAGGCAUGCAUGUCCGAAUACGAGCUGCCUCUGGAUCCUUGUUGGGAAUUUUCGAGGGACAAUCUAUCACUAGGUAAAACUCUCGGCGAAGGAGCAUUCGGUAAAGUUUUGCGCGGGGAAGCCGAUGGAAUUUUGUGUGAAAAUGUAAUGCACACGGUGGCGGUAAAAAUGUUGAAAGACGGACACACUGAUACCGAAAUGAUGGAUUUAGUAUCGGAAAUGGAAAUGAUGAAGAUGAUCGGUAAACAUGUGAACAUCAUAAAUCUAUUGGGUUGUUGUACGCAAGACGGACCUUUGUACGUGUUAGUAGAAUUUGCAUUACAUGGUAACCUCAGGGAUUUCUUGAGACAACACAGGCCAUCUUCAGGCUACGAACCGGCUAUCGGAUCAAACCUCAAAGACACCUUAACGCAAAAGGAUUUAGUAUCGUUUGCGUAUCAAGUUGCUAGAGGAAUGGAGUAUUUGGCGUCCAGAAAGUGUAUUCAUAGAGAUUUGGCAGCAAGAAAUGUCUUGGUAAGCGACGACUUUGUAAUGAAAAUUGCAGACUUUGGCUUAGCUAGAGACAUUCAAAAUCAAGAAUAUUACAGAAAAACUACCGAUGGAAGACUCCCGGUAAAAUGGAUGGCACCAGAAGCCUUAUUCCACAGAAUAUACACAAAUCAGUCUGAUGUAUGGUCUUACGGAGUACUGUUGUGGGAAAUUAUGACCUUAGGAGGUACGCCUUAUCCUUCCGUGCCCAACAUGGAGCAGUUGUUCAAUUUGCUACAGAGUGGACAUCGUAUGGAGAAACCGUCUUGUUGUUCUCUGGAAAUAUACAUGAUAAUGCGGGACUGUUGGAGUUACCAUCCGAACGAGAGGCCCAUGUUCGACGAGCUGGUGGAGAGUCUCGAUCAGAUACUGUCGGUGACGGCCAACCAGGAGUACGUGGACUUCGGGCUGCCUCAGCUGGAUACACCGCCCACCAGCCAGGAGUCGUUCGACGAAAGCGUCUUGGUCAAUUUCGCCGUGUGAUUUCGCGUUCGUUUCCACACGUCGGAUGUCUCAUUGUACCGGAAGUGGUAUCCGAGUGCGUCCCCUGCAGGUCCUGUGGACUACAGUUUCCGGAGAUCUCGGGACAGAGAACCGCAUCAGUAUUUUCCCACGACUACUAUAUAUUGUACUAUUAUAUUAUUUUAACGUGACGUGUGACGUCCCGUGGAUUUUCACAUUGUUUUAGCCUAAACGAUAAUAACCAGUAUAUAUAACAUUAUUUAUUCUUAUCACUAUUAUAAUUAUUACUAUUGUUAGGUAGGUAUACUAUUAUUAUUUAUAAUGAUAGUCAUAAUUACCGAUUUGAAAUACAUGUUGUAAAUAGGUUUAUGUGUAAGAUGAACAUUAUUGUGUAGUGGAUUUUUAUUAUUUAAUUGUUUGUAAAAUACUAGUUUUGUUUUGUCGUUAUAUAAUAUUAUUGCGUACGUUUUUGUGUUUGAGUUUAAACCACGGUUGGAAAUUAGAAAAGAAUUGGAUAGUAUGAAAUUUUAGCGAACGGCUCGUCAAGACUGAAUAUCGUAUGGAAUCAAGACUUAAUAACAUAAUAAUAUUUCUACAGAUUGGAAAAAUAAUGAAAUAACUCUAUUUUUAUCAUAAAACGUGUCGACUAUAUUAUUGUAUUUUUUUUUAAAUGUAUUUAUAAUAUUUAAAUCGUGAUUAUAUUCAUUAAACAAAAAUAAAAUAUAAUUUAAACUCGAUCAUAAGAGACUUCUAGUCAAGUGAGGCAUAAACCGCCAACCUGCUGUAUAGUAUAAUAAUGUAAUUGCGUAUUUUCUCAACCACGCGUAUAAGAUUCAAAAAAUGUAUUUUGAUUUAUUCAUCACAAUAACGGUAAAUAGCAUUAAGCCGUUUAUAUGUUUAUCAUUUAUUUACUUUUGUAUAUAAAAUAGGUGUCCAAGAUGUGUUAAAUUUUUUUUUGUACUGCUAUUAAAAAUACCAGUCAAACGUGAUGGCCUGCCUUUAGGCAUUAUUUCGCAAAUGUUAAUAAUGCCUAAUUAUUGUAUCUCCCACCCGUCUAUUUUUUAUUUGUAAUUUUCGAUAGCAGUAAUAUUAAAGUAAGUAGUGUAAUAAUAUUAUGCAAUAUACUUAUGUUGUUAUUGUGAGAUAUAUUGUAAAUAUAAACUAUUUUUUAUUUUCAAUAUAUUUAAUUAUUUAAAUUUUAUCAUAUAAGUAUUUUUUUAGUUUUAAAGUAGACACAGGCUACAGUAAUACUAUCGUUAAAAUAGUAUUUAUAUACUAAUCACUUUGAAUAUGUACUAAAUAAUAUUAAAAUGUGUUAAGUAAAUAAAUAAGUAUGAGAACAUUGUGUGACGAAUACUAUAAAAUAUGUAAUAUAAUCUAUUAUUUAAUAAAAAUAUGCAUUUUACAAA